ACACAAGCGAGGAUGGCAAACCUAUCCUUCCAAAAUCUAUGUAUAAGUGGGCAGCAAUAUUGACACAUGGUAAAUGUCACGUUUCCUCCUUUGCAAUGACUAAACUGGUUGAGAGCAGUUACAAACAUUUUGGAUUCACAACGUUUGCAAAGCGGUUUUGUGCGCAAUGCUUAGUGUGCUUGAAACACAAUUCACAAGGAAAUAUGAGACCUAAGAGAGGAAAGUUUCCAGAACCUCAAUAUCCUUUUCAAGUUAUUCACAUGGAUUACAUACAAUUACAUAAGGCAAAAGGGUACGAGUAUUGUUUGGUAAUCAUUGAUGUUUUUUCUAAAUGGGUGGAAUUGUUCCCUACUGCUAGUGCAGAUGCAAUUACAGUAGCAAAGGCUCUCUGUAAUCGUAUUUUUCCCAAUUUCGGAUGGGUAAGUGUAAUUCGAAGUGACAACGGCGCACACUUCCAUAAUGCUUUAAUUGAAAAAUUAAGUACACAUUUGGGAAUUGAUUUGAAACGCCAUUGUUCUUACCAUCCCUCCAGUGCUGGGUUGGUGGAGAGGACGAAUGGAACGAUUAAAACUAAACUCAGAAAAGCUAUGGAAGAAACUAAAAGACAGUGGCCUGACUGUCUUAGUUUAGUAGCGCUCAGCAUGCACAUUACACCGACUCUGGGAAGCCCAUUAACACCAUUUGAAAUAUUAUAUGGUAGGCCGUAUACACUGCCUGAUUUGACUCAUGUAAAAGCCAGCCCUGAUGACGCACCUGAUUUAGUGGACUAUUUACGCAAAACAUUUCAAACACGUGAAGUUAAACAAGUUAACAUUGUCCCAGAUUCUCCUUUGUCGUUACAGGAUGACCAGAAACUGAAAAUUGGAGAUUGGAUUUUUGUUAAGGAAAUCAAGCGGAAAAGUUGGUGUCAUCCAAGGUGGACUGGACCUUUCCGAGUCUUACUCACUACACCAACAGCGGUGAAAAUCGCUGAAAGAGACUCUUGGAUUCAUAAGACACAUUGUAAACGGUGCCAACUACCAGAAGGGGAAAUCCCGACGCACGUAUAGUCCUCUAGCUGUGGGGGGUUGCAUGGGACCAUAGGUCCAAACUCGUCAAGAAGAGGGUGACUUUGAGUCUUCCAGACUUGGAGUCACAGCCGCUGCACGUGUGACUUAGCGGGACUACCUGGACAGGUAUUGGAACCAUCUAAAAAAAAAAAAAAUGAAAAGACUGGGGAAAGGUAUCCUUUACACGUUUCUGGGGAUUGUGUUAAUUUGGUUGUUUUGUGGUGGGGAAAAGAAAAAUCACCGCAUUAAGAAAUGGGUGAGUAGUCCAAAGACUGAACUGAACAUCACACACAUUUACAUGACUAAUUCAUGGUAUCGAUAUGCAACAAUGUUAGCAGAAAAACAGAAUAGAUCUAAUUGUUAUGUUUGUUCUUACAUGCCCAUAUC